GCAAUUGAUAAAGUCUCGCGAGAAGUAGGGGACUUCCUCUUCGAAACGGAACCUGCGUCCAAGAUGUCUCUGGUAAUUCCGGAAAAGUUCCAGCACAUCCUGCGUGUUCUGAACACGAACAUCGACGGGAGAAGGAAAAUCGCCUUCGCCAUCACCGCCAUCAAGGGUGUUGGAAGACGAUAUGCCCAUGUUGUACUGAGGAAGGCUGAUAUCGACCUCAACAAAAGGGCUGGAGAGCUGACAGAAGAUGAGGUUGAGAGGGUUGUCACCAUUAUGCAAAAUCCACGUCAGUACAAAAUUCCUGACUGGUUCCUCAACAGACAGAAGGAUAUCAAGGAUGGAAAAUACAGUCAGGUUCUUGCCAACGGUCUGGACAACAAACUAAGAGAGGAUCUGGAGAGACUGAAGAAAAUCAGGGCUCAUCGUGGUCUUAGGCACUUCUGGGGCCUGCGUGUGCGUGGCCAGCACACAAAGACCACUGGCCGUCGUGGUCGUACCGUUGGUGUGUCCAAGAAGAAGUAAAUGCUCUUCUGUUAGUUUUGUCAAUAAACGGCACAAUUCUCCAGC